UUACCAUUGGUCGGCAUACCAUCGUUGGUAAAAAAUGGGUAGCGUAUGUCUGUACCAUCGAUGGUAAAAUCUCACCUGUUCAGCCUCCUCCAGUGUGAAGGAGGUGUCGAAGGAGUGAAUAUAUCGGUGUGUGUGUUUUUGUGAGGGUGUUUUGAGGGUGGAAAUGAAGCAGGAUUGAUUUUUGGAGGUGUUUUUUUGAGGAUAAAAUGAAGUUAUUCUGGCUCGUCACCCUCCCCUUCGCCCUCGCCACCCCCUCCUUCAUCCCCUGUUCGGAAAUCUCGCGCGAUUUGCGCUUCCCCUGCACUUGCUCCUUGGGCCCCCCUGAGCCCGCCCUGGACAACAACCCCGCCAUCAGCGUCAACUGCGACCGGGUCGUUUUCCCCGGCGACCUCCCCGCCCUUCCCUUCGGCGCGCCAAUCGUCUCCUUCCGCCAACGAUGGGCGGGGCACCAAGCCCUCCCCACCCAAAUCUUCUCCUCAACGGGCCUCCCCUUACGCAGCAUCGAUCUAUCAGGCAACUCCCUCCGGAGACUAACGGAACGCCUCCUCCAAGCCCUCCAGCCAACCCUAGUGGAGCUCCGCCUCUCGGACAACCUCCUGGGCGACACCCUCAACCCGAUUUUCUCCACGAGCGAGUUUCGCGGUUUGAAUCAUUUGCAAGUUUUGGAUUUGAGUGGGAACAUCAUCAGGGCGUUGGAGGAGGGGAUUUUUGAGGGGUGUGAUAAUUUGCAAGAACUCUACUUGGAGAGGAAUAGUCUAACGAGUGUGCCAAGCACGUCACUCAACGGACCCAAGUCACUCAAAAUGUUAUCACUGGCCUCAAAUCGGAUCACAAGCCUCAAAAGUGCAGCUUUUGAGGCACAACCUAACCUUGAAACGGUUGAUUUAACCUUGAAUGGGAUUGGAGGGAUCGAAGGUGGGGCUUUGAGUGGCCUCAAAAACCUCAAAACACUCAAAUUGGGGCAUAACAAGUUGACGAGGUUCAACAGCGAUGUUUUUCAAGGAGCCUCAAAUCUCAAAAAUUUGGACUUGUCGGAAAAUUUUAUUACAGAGUUUCCGACAAUUGCCCUUAGGGCCUUCAAGGAUUUAAAGUACCUCAACUUAUCCUCAAAUUUAGUCCAGAGUUUGGAUAAUAAUGAUUUACUCAAUCUUGUCGGAUUGUAUUAUUUGGACUUGAGUCGGAACAAUAUUGCCAACAUUGCACCUGGAACAUUUUUGGGAUUAAAACAGUUGAGGAAGCUUGAUAUUAGUGUGAACUCGCUCCGUACGAUUGAGGACGACGCAUUUGAGGGCCUCGACAACUUGGAACACUUGAAUUUAAAAGACAACAACAUUUUACUAAUCCCAGCUUCGGCCCUCGGCCGUUUGCCAAAACUAUCUUCCCUCCAGUUGGACUAUAACCGAGUGGCAGCCCUGUCUGGUGACAUUUUGAGGUCAAUAGCCGAGAAAGUCACUAGUUUAGUCCUCGCCAAAAACGUCAUUCGUGAACUCCCCCCAGCCUCCUUCCAACACUUCCAACAUUUAUCACACUUAGAUUUAACUCGCAACCUCCUCACAACCCUCAAUUCGGACGCAUUCGUUGGCCUUGAAACCACCCUCAAAGAGUUACAUUUACCUCAAAACAAAAUCUCCACAAUCACUGGACCCACUCUAUCCCUCCUUAAGCUCGAAACCCUCGAUUUAAGUGAUAAUCACUUGACUGAGCUUUCGCGCAACGUAUUCGGGAUGUUACCUCAAUUGAGGUUCCUCAAUUUGAGUCACAACUCACACCUAGCCUCAAUACCCUCAAACUUGUUACACAAACUCCCGAAUUUGGAGGUUUUUGAUUUGAGUUACACCGGUUUGAGGAUUUUAACCGGCGAUUUUUUCGCCAAGUCCUCAAAAUUGAGGAGGGUUUACCUCCACAAUAACGCCAUCAGCGAACUGGGCGAUGGUGUCUUUGCCAAUUUACCCAACUUAACGUCAAUUGACCUCUCCUCAAACCAUAUCAAUAACAUUAAACAAGGGGCGUUUGUCAACAUCAUGAACCUCAAAGAGUUGGUUUUGAGGGGGAACCAAUUGAGUAGCUUCAAAGGCGAGUUUUUCAACACUGGGACAAGUCUCGAACUUUUGGACAUUUCGCACAACCAAUUGAGUUAUUUGUUCCCGUCCUCUUUCAGAAUACACCCGCGCCUCAAAAUCCUCAAAGCCUCAAACAACAAGUUUAAUUUUUUCCCAGCUGAGUUGAUCGCGACUUUGCAGUUUUUGCAAGUUGUUGAUUUGUCACACAAUGACCUCAAAACCGUUGAGGAGUUGGACUUUGCCCGCUUGCCACGUUUGAGGGUCUUACUUUUGAGAAACAAUAAGUUGGAGUUUGUUUCCGAAAUGGCGUUUCAUAACUCAACACAACUCCAAGUUAUCGAUUUGAGUUAUAAUAAGCUCGAACGUCUGGCUGAGAGGAUUUUUGAGGGUUUGGUCCGGUUAGAGUUACUCAAUUUGGAGGGGAACCUUUUGAGUGAUUUACCCGAAACUAUUUUUGAAAGGGCGAGGUUACAAAUGUUAGAGAACAUUAAUUUGAGGGGGAACUUGUUUGAGGUAGCGCCCCUCAAAAGUCUCCAACGGCAGUAUUUCUUUGUCUCGUCGGUUGAUUUAUCGAGGAAUAAAUUGAGGGAGAUCCCGGGGGAUGACAGUAGCAUGGUUAACAUAAAAAAACUGGACUUGUCAUUUAAUCCCUUGUCUGAUGAAACGAUUCGAAACGUUUUAGGGGAACCUAAGACCAUGCGGGAGCUAAAUUUGGCGGGAACCGGGAUUCGGGAACUAACCCAGCUUGAGACCCCCUUUUUGAGUUACCUCAAUUUGAGUUAUAACAAUAUAACCUCACUCAAUGCUACAAUUUUCGAACGAACUUCCCUCCUUGAAGUUCUGGACGUAUCAAAUAACCAAAUAAGUGACAUUUCAAAUUACUCAAACCUUUGGCCUUUACUCAAAAACCUCCAAACCCUAGACUUGUCCUCAAACCCCAUCCGUAGCAUAUCUUCGAGUGAUUUCAAUGGCUUAACCUCCCUCAAACAAUUGAGUAUCACGUCCCUCCUCCAAUGCGAAAAAAUCGAAAAAGGAGCAUUCAAAUCCCUCAAAAACCUGUCAAUUCUCAAAGCUUUUGAGUUCCCGAAAUUGGGUUACAUCGACCUCAAAGGCCUCCUCUCGCACCUCCCCUCCCUCGAACACGUAACCAUAGAAACAAAGGAUGCGGCAGUGGGCGCGGACCAACUCCAGCCCCUCCUCCAGCCCCGCCUCAAAACCCUCAAAUUAAAAGGGGGGCGCUUACGCAGCCUAUCAUCGGGAACCUUGUCAGGGAUUAAGGGAGGAGAGGUCACAAUCGGGAUUAUGAACACCUCAAUUACCUCCCUCCCCCCUUCACUCUUUUUCCCCGUCCCUAGAUCCUCAAAAAUCACACUAGACGUGACUGGCAAUCACAUAACUACUUUAACUCCUCAAAUUUUGGCAACCCUUGAUGAUAGACGUGGCGAUUUGAAAAUAGUAGGCCUUGAAACAAAUCCUAUAGUUUGUGACUGUGGCGCACGCGCAUUGCGCCGAUGGCUCCCCUCCCAUAUGACGUCACUGCGUUGCUCCGCCCCUGAUCACUUACACGGCCGCUUAUUGGUCGAGAUCGCUGACGAUGAUCUCACGUGUGAUGCCAGGAAGGUGACCACGCCCACGUCGCCCCUCCCACGUUCCGCCUCCUCGACCCGGUUGCAUACGAAAGUGACCGAACCGGAGAUUAUCUGGUCGGUUCCCGUAACCGAAAUGGUUAAAACCCCCAAACCUGUUACUAGUUCAAAUUUGAAUAAUGACGAUACGCUUAUUAUCGGGAUCGUAGGAGGCGUGGUCGCGUUCAUUGCCAUCUUGAUAAUUAUUAUUUGUAUAAUUCGACUGAGGAUGGGGGGGAGUCAGUACAGGGGCGGGCCGCCUGUUGUGGGGCCCCUUGCGGGGAGUAGUUGUGCCUGUAGUGUAAAAGGGGCACCUGUUUAUACAAUGGGGCCUGGGUACGGGCCUGGAUAUGCGGCAACGUUGCCACAUAAAAUGCAAGCGCCUAUUAGAGCGAGUAAUUACUCGACGAUGGGCAGAGUGCCCUAUUAUGGCAACAGUGGGCAGCCGUAUUUUAUUGCGUUGCCGCCUGAUGAAAAUAAAAUCUAUAGGUAACCGUUUUAGGUUAGGUUUAAGGUUAUAAUGUUUGAUUUUUAUUUAAUGUUUGCUUAUUUAUGUAUAAAUAUAACUUUUAUUACAUAAAAA